GGAUAUCAUGUGUUUUUCCCUAAUUUUAUAAUUGCUUCAAUAAUAUUUACUGUGUUAGGGGUGUGUAAUAUUAACUUUUCCGUGGGCUACAAUGCUUUCGAUAUGCAUUAGCACUGUCACUUCCACUAGCCGGGUUGCCUUCAAGUUCCCCCCAUCGGGAAGCACCCCUCCCCCCUCCAGGCUGCUGGAGUCCAGUCCGCGAACAGCAUGGCCAGGAGUAGGCCGAUUUCGAAGCUCCUCCCGUGGAUCGUGCUCAACGCGGCCAAUAUCACCUUCGAUGUCGCCAGUCAUCUUCAGCUCUUUGCCAGUAUCUAUGGAGACGGGAUUAUGGAGGCACUGACCCUGGGCAAUGGGACUACAGUUAUGAAGAGAGAGGAUUGUAUCUGGAGGAGAGGCGAAAACCGAGAUCCAUGUCCAGAUCCUGAUGUCAAGUAUUAUUUUUAUGGACAAGGGAAUAUCGCUGAAGAAGUUAAAGGAGAACCUCUGAGCUGGGUGAGGGAGAGCCAGCAUGAUCCAACUAAGGAUACAGUUGUCCUAGUUCAUGGAUAUGCUGGAAUAUCCGAUGAGCUACCUAUGGGAGUCCUGAGGGAUGCCUACUUGAGAAAUGGUUCCUUCAACGUGUACACCGUGGAUUGGAGCCCACUGUCCAGAGUGCCUUGCUACGCAGCAGCUGUCCAUAACAUGAAACCAGUUUCUCGAUGUGUAGCUGCCUUCCUUACUUUCCUCAGAGAUGCGGGUGUUGAAACUUCAAGAACCACUUGCGUUGGGCACAGCCUAGGUGCCCAUGUCUGCGGAAUCGCUUCAAAUUACCUUUUCUUCAGAAUGCACCGAAUCAUUGGAAUAGACCCCGCUAGACCUUUGAUUCGUAGCCAGCUCCAAGGUCGACUAGACGCUGGUGACGCCAAGGUGGUUCAAGUGAUCCAUACUAGUUCAACAUUCGGUGAUGCUAGAAGAAGUGGUCAUGUUGAUUUUUGUGUUAAUGGUGCCAGGUCUCAACCUUUCUGUGCGAAUGCUACAAAUGAGUCUCUCUGCUCACACAUUAGGAGUGUUUGCUGGCUAGCAGAGAGUUUAGACGGCGCAAGGGCGAGGAUAGGUUCUCCAUGUCUGCGAAGGUGUUUGACAGGGUCAAUUAGGCCUUCUUGGGACCGUAGAGGUCUCCCUGUACCCCUUGGGCAUCAAACCCCUGAUUGGGUUGAGGGACUAUUUUGUGUAAAUACUGAUGAGGCUCCUUAUUGUCCCACCGAAGAACAUCCUAUAGGAAAUCCUCUUUGUUGCGUACCUCCGAAAUCACCAAUUUCCAGUAAUCUGAUUGAGAAAUAGAACAGAGAUGGUCCAAGACAUCAAGAAUUAGUUUAUAAUUUAUUUAUAUAAUUAUUUCAGCAUUUAUGAAGACUGUUACCAAAGGAAUAAAAAUAAUUGAUGAAUUAAUUGGUAGAUUGUGAAUUGAAAUUGAUUAUUAACAAUAAAAUAUAAUUCAAGGAAUAAGAAAUAUGUAAAUAAAAUUUUUCAAAAUAUUUUAUGAUGAAUUAAAAUAUUUAAAUAUGCCAUUGAAGAAUGUUGUGAAAAUUCUGAAUUAUAGAAUAUGUUAAUGUCAAAAUACAUUUUAGAUAUUCUCAAAGAUCAUUAAACAUUUUUAAAAAAUGAACUAUAUCACAAAUAAUCAUAGAAGCAGAAAUUAAAAAAAAAAAAAAAAAAAAAAAAAAAAAAAAAAAGAAAGACAAAUUUGAUAAGAAUUAAUUCACAUUUAAUUUUGUGUUUAUUUAAAUUUGUCAAUGUAAUAAAACAUGUUUUCUACGUAUUUUUUAUAUAAAGCUUUUAUAAGAAUAUAAGGUGAUCAUAGUAAAUAUUUAGAAAAAAAUCAAUGAAAAGAGUGAAUCCUGUAAAAAAUAUUUUUUUAUUUUUUAGUAAUAAGAAAUUUUGUACCUGCCUGAAAAAAAUAUUGUAAUUAUAUGUAUUUUUGUAAUAUAUUUACAAAAUUAUUCAUUAAAUGGUAAAUUGUGCUCUAAAACAUGCAUUUUAUAUUUUCUUUAUAAUAUUAAGUUUGUAUUAUUUAAAACUGUUUGAUAUUUUAAAUUAUUAAAUAAAUAAGUAGAUUAAGCAGAAGUAGUUCUUCCAACAAUGAAUAAUUUCUGGUUGAUGUAUCUCAUAUAUUUAGGGCGAAUAAAAAAAAUCAACCAAAAAAAUUAAAAUAAAAUAGUUGUUAAUAAUUUGAAAAUAAAGUUUGUGUGUGAG